CCUGGGUUAGAUACAAUAGUUUGGAUGCUGAGAAAAUGAAAGAAAAUUUUGAGUUGUCAAUUUUUUACCAUCUAGGGCUGGAGAGUGCUGAAUAUGAACUCUAUGGCUUGGUUGAUCUGAACACUUUGCUUUUUUUUUUUUUUCUUUUUUACUUUUUGGAUUUUGGGAUUUUUGGCACCGAGGAAAGUGAGAGAGAUGGCAGAGGAAUCAAAAUGCGUUUUUUUUUUUGUGUGUGUGGGUUUUCUUUGUUUUCUCGGUAACCAAACAGAGUGCUCGGGCUUUAUAACUUGGGAAUGCUAUUGCUGGCAGUUUUUAAUUCUAGGGUUUCCCUUUGAACAGCCGUGGAACUAAUGCAAUUUUUGGGUUUUGUAGUUCAGACUGAAGUUUUUUCUGGAUUGACUGCUCUUGCUAUUUAGGAUGUUUUCUUGUAUAAAAAUAUAUUAAGUUUAGACGCAGAGAAACAUGAUAAAAGGAAUUAAAAUGUUAAAACGUAAAAUUUUCAGUACCAAGGAAAAAUUCUAAAGUGCAAAAUAAGUGAAAUUGCUAUUAAGUUGAUAAGUCUACUCUUCUCUCUUUCCUGAUUGGCUAGGGUUUUUUUAUGUAUUUUAACUACAAUGUUGUCGCUCAAUAUGAUUAGAUCUUGGAAAAACUAAAGUGAGGUGAAGUGAAGUGCUUCUUUGAUCAGCAAUGACUCUACUGAAUUCUUUUCAGAUCUAGGUUUUUAUUAUGUUUCUGUUUGUGAAAAGUUUCAAGAAAUAGAUGUGAAAAUAAUUUUAUUGGGCAAAAUGGGAUGUUGUGCCCAAUUAGGGAAAACUUGUAAAGAUAAAAACUUUGACUUGAUAUAUAUGGGUUUUUUGGUGCUUGGCUGCUGAGAAAAUUUGGAGACAAAUAACAAGGGAUGUAGUUGUACUAUUGGAACAACUUAGUGCACUGAACUCAUGGAAAUUAUGUCCAUGAAGAUUAGAACUUUGGCAUGAUUUGUUUUGUUUGAUAUUCUCACCAACCAAUCUAAUGCUCUUUUUCCUGUUUGGUUGCGAAGAGAAACAAUCUCAUUUGUUUGUAGCAGUAGACAAAUGUUAGAAAUAAAUUCUAUUUUAGUUAUACAUGUCAAUUUGGCCUAGGGAAUCAAAUGAGAUAAUGCCACAAAAUCAUGUUUAGUUUGCUGCACCUUCAUUUUGAUUCAAAGUUACAUAAUACUAGGCUAAUAGCAAUUGGUUUGCACAUGGUUCUUGACUACUUUUUCAUUCGAUGCACAGGAUUUUUGUAGCUGCUGAGCCAAAUCUGUGAGUUAGACAGAAUCUCGAGUCCCUCGUCUCUUGGAAAAGAUAUACAAAGUUUCUCUCUGAGUCAGCAAGGGUGAUGAAUGUGCUACUCUCACCUUGUCUACCAACUGCAGGCCUGUGCCAGACAUCAAUCCCCACCUAUUGGCAAGAAACUCCAUUGCCAUAUCAUCAAAACUGGCAUAGAUCAAUGCAAGUCCCUUUCCAACAAUCUCAUAAACAUGUAUGGCAAAUGUGGCCUCAUUCAAGAUGCCCUUAACUUGUUCAACCAGCUGCCCCAUAGAGACCCAAUUUCAUGGGCCUCAAUUCUUACAGCCAACAACCAAGCUAACCUCCCCCACUUGACACUUUCCAUGUUUCCUGCCAUGUUCAAACAAGACGGUUUGCAGCCUGAUCAUUAUGUCUUUGCUUGCCUUGUUAAGGCCUGUGCGAUCUUGGGUGCAAUGAAGCAAGGAAAGCAAGUGCAUGCAACCUUUAUUGUGUCACCAGUUUCUGAUGAUGAUGUUGUAAAAUCAUCCCUUGUUGAUAUGUAUGCAAAAUGCGGCUUGCCUGAUAUUGGUCGUGUGGUUUUUGAUUCAAUUUCUUCAAAGAAUUCAAUUUCUUGGACUGCUAUGAUUUCAGGAUAUGCUCAAAGUGGCCGAAAAUUGGAUGCUAUUCAGCUAUUCCAGAAAAUGCCAGUGAAGAAUUUACUUUCUUGGACAGCAUUGAUAUCUGGGCUGGUACAAAGUGGGAACUGGGUUGAUUCGUUUUAUUUAUUUAUGGAAAUGCGAAGCAAAGGGAUUGAUAUAGUAGACCCAUUUAUUCUUUCAAGCAUCAUUGGAGCUUCUGCUAAUUUAGCAGUACUGGGACUUGGGAAGCAGAUUCAUUGCCUAGUUAUACUUCUUGGUUAUGAAUCUAGCUUGUUUGUUAGUAAUGCACUUGUGGAUAUGUAUGCUAAAUGUAGUGAUGUUUUAGCUGCCAAAAAGAUUUUUGGUCGAAUGGUUCAAAGAGAUAUAGUUUCUUGGACUUCAAUAAUAGUUGGGACCGCUCAACAUGGGCUAGCUGAGGAAGCAUUGUCCUUGUAUAAUCGGAUGCUUUCAACUGGACUAAAGCCUAAUGAAGUGACAUUUGUUGGAUUAAUUUAUGCCUGUAGCCAUGUAGGAUUAGUUAGCAAAGGUCGAUACUUUUUCAACUCCAUGAUUAAAGAUUAUGGAAUCAAUCCUUCCCUUCAGCAUUACACAUGCUUAUUGGAUCUUCUUAGUCGCUCAGGGCAUCUUGAAGAGGCUGAGAAUCUCAUUAAGGCAAUGCCAUUCAAGCCUGAUGAAGCUACCUGGGCUGCUUUGCUAAGUGCUUGUAAUCACCACAGGAAUACCCUUAUAGGAAUUAGGGUUGCUGAUCAUCUACUAAGCUUAAAACCUGAAGAUCCUUCAACCUACAUACUGCUAUCUAAUAUUUAUGCCAGUGCUGCUAUGUGGGAAAGUGUAUCAAAGGUGAGAAGAUUGAUGGCAGCUAUGGAAGUUAAAAAAGAACCUGGUUAUAGUUGCAUUGUCUUGGGAAAGGAGAGUCAAGUGUUCUUGGCUGGGGAGACCUCUCAUCCUGCGAAGGAGGAAAUUUUUGGUUUGCUCGAAGAAUUGGAUGCAGAGAUGAAGAAAAGAGGUUAUAUUCCUGAUACAAGUUCUGUUUUACAUGACUUGGAGCAGCAAGAGAAGGAAAGGCAGCUUUUUUGGCAUAGUGAGAGGUUAGCUGUGGCUUAUGGGCUGCUCAAGGGUAUUCCUGGGAUGGUUCUACAUAUAGUGAAAAAUCUUCGGGUUUGUGGAGAUUGUCAUACUGUUUUAAAGUUCAUUAGCAUUAUUGUGAAAAGGGAAAUUGUUGUCCGAGAUGCCAACAGAUACCAUCAUUUUAAGGAUGGGAAAUGUUCAUGUAACAACUUUUGGUGAUUACAUGUGAUUCUGGUUACAUAUAUAUCAACCUUAUACUGACAGUAGAUUCAAAUUGACAAAGCUUCAUAACUAGUCUUUACCUAUAUUAUGGCUUUUAGAUAAUUAUGUCGCAUUUCAGAUUUAGCAUUUGAACAUUUCACACUUGAUGUAUCCAUCCAUUCAUUCGACUUUUUGAGGAACAAGAGAGAAACCAGAAAAUAAUGAUAGGGAAAGUGCAAGGACAAGAUGGAAUUUGUGUUAAGACAUCCAUCCCUCUCCUCACACCAUACAAGAUGGGCAAGUUUCAUCUCUCUUAUAGGGUUGUACUGGUGCCAUUAACUAGACAGGGAUCUUGGAACAAUGUUCCUUGGCCCAAUACCAUCUUAUAUCACUCUCAGAGAAACUCUAAAGGGAGUUGUCUCAUAACUGAAGCAACUGGAGCUUCCUACACUGCUCGAGGAUAUCCGCGUGUACAUGAACAAAAGAGCGAGUUGAAGCCUGAAAGCCCAUUAUGGAUGCUGUUCAGGCUAAGGGCAUUAUCUUUAUUUUUCAGAUUUGGCAUGUGAGAAGAGUUGCAAAUGGAGUUAUGUUCUUUACACACUACACUAAUUUUGAAGGUGAUGUGUGGUCUAUUUUCUGUUUGGUUCUAGCUCAUCCAAUUCUAUCCAUCCUAUUAUUACAGAUUUCCAGCAAAAUGAGCCAGCUCCUAUGUCUUCUAUACACAAGGCAUUGACCCCACGAAUCUGAAGUAAUGGCCUUGAUGUUGCCCAGUUCUCGCCUCCAAGGCAGCUAACAACACAAAAUCCCUCUAGUUGUCAAUGGUUUUAAACUUGCUGCUGGGAUCGUUUAGGCAGGAGACUCCAUGUUGAAUCCUUUAAAACAGCUGGAUCAGCCAAGAAUAAUAAAAGCUGGAGAAGCAUUUGAAUGUCUCCAUAGCCUUGUGCCCAUGAGGAAGGGCUUUCCGUGGCAGAUAUUCAUAGCUGCUGGGGGUUAUGUUAAAGAAGUCGGAAAAAUGCAGUGGCUGAGGACCAUGAAGAUCUUCUGGCAUUUGGAUGUUAGAGAUUUGCGCUCAGUGCUCCUCUCAACAAGCACAACAGAGACACAUUCUAUAUAUGCAAACCUGUCAUCUGUUAGUAGAUUUCCAGAGGUGGAAUUGGAAAAUGAAUUGUUUUGUUCAUUGUUAUAAGAACCCUAAAUCCAUUGUUAGAACCCCUUUUUCCCGUCCUAUGGUUUUCAUGGUAUUACAUGAGUGUUAAAAAGAAAUAUAGUGUGAAAAACAAACCUUAUCCAACUUAAAUGAUUAAAAUAGCUAUACUAAAUUUAUGCUUGGCUCUGGUUUCA